CCUCGCAAUCUUCAACCUACCCAAGCACUCAUCCCACCAUGGCCCCCGCAUCAACCUGGAUCAUCGUCGGCGCCUCCCGCGGCAUUGGCCUUGAAUUCGUGCGCCAACUUCUCGCCCAGGGCCAUAAGGUCAUCGCGGGUGUUCGCAAUCCGUUUAAAGCGCAGCAGCUCGACGAACUGGUGGCUACCCAUCCCAAUGAAGGGAACUGCCGAAUCGAGGAAUGCGAUAUGCUGAGUGAGGAGAGUAUCAUCACCUUCACCCGGAAAAUCACCAUCGACCCAACCACAACAAACGAGAUAACCAUUAUCCUAAAUGCAGGGAUAAACGAAUAUCCUAACCGAGUAGCAGAGAUCUCCUACGCCUCCUUCACCCAGCACCUCCAAACCAACACCAUCGGGCCCCUCAUCUGCGCCCAGCACUUUCUGCGCGUUAUGCCGACCACCGUCAAACCAGUGAAGAUCGUCUUCAUCUCGUCAGACUCAGGAUCUACGCAGUUGUUCCGCGCCCAAGAGGACGGAUUCGGAGUGUAUGCCGCGACUAAAGCGGCGCUGAACCAGGGGCUUCGGCAUCUGGCUGCUGAGCUUGAGCGGGAGGAAUCCCGCAUCAAAGAGGGGACCAGGACGUGUAUCUUGGCCAUGCAUCCGGGGGAGGUCGAGACGGACAUGGCGAACGUGGACCUUCCUUGGGAGAUUGAAGGCUCGAUCCAGGUGGACGAGAGUGUGCGGGGGAUGCUGGAGGUUAUCCAGGCAAAGCACCAGAAGGAUACGGGGACUUUCUGGUGCUGGGAUGGCAGGGCUCAUCCGUGGUGA